CCCAGCGGGCCUUGCGCCCAGCGGCUGGAGCGGUGCUCCUCCCCCAGGGCCCGCGGACGCUGUCUCAGCCGCCCGCUGCCUACCGUAGGGAUGAUCCACGAAUUGCUCUUGGCUUUGAGCGGGUACCCGGGCGCCAUCUUCACCUGGAACAAGCGGAGCGGCCUCCAGGUGUCACAGGACUUUCCAUUUCUCCAUCCCAGUGAAACCAGUGUCCUGAAUCGACUUUGUCGCCUUGGCACGGACUAUAUUCGCUUUACAGAGUUCAUUGAACAAUAUACAGGUCAUGUGCAGCAACAGGAUCAUCAUCUGUCCCAGCAAGGCCAGGGUGGAUUACAUGGAAUUUAUUUGCGGGCCUUCUGCACGGGUCUGGACUCAAUCCUACAGCCAUAUCGUCAAGCACUGCUUGACUUGGAGCAGGAGUUCCUUGCUGACCCUCACCUUUCCAUAUCACACGUCAAUUACUCCUUGGAUCAGUUCCAGCUUCUUUUUCCCUCUGUGAUGGUUGUUGUUGAACAGAUUAAGAGUCAAAAGAUUCAUGGCUGUCAGAUCUUAGAAACAGUCUACAAAUACAGCUGUGGGGGACUGCCUCCAGUACGCAGUGCACUAGAAAAGAUCUUGGCUGUGUGCCAUGGGGUCAUGUACAAGCAGCUUUCUGCCUGGAUGCUACAUGGCCUGCUCUUGGACCAACAUGAAGAGUUCUUUAUUAAACAGGGUCCAUCUUCUGGUCUGGUCUCUGCUCAGCUGGAAGAGGAGGAGGAGGACCUGGGCAUUGGGGGCCUGACGGGGAAGCAGUUACGAGAACUUCAGGAUCUGCGCCUGAUUGAGGAAGAGAACAUGCUGGCCCCGUCCCUGAAGCAGUUUUCCCUUCGGGUGGAGAUACUUCCUUCCUAUAUUCCAGUGAGGGUUGCUGAAAAAAUCCUGUUUGUAGGAGAGUCUGUGCAGAUGUUUGAGAAUCAGAAUGUGAAUCUGACCAGAAAAGGAUCUAUUUUAAAGAAUCAAGAAGACACCUUUGCUGCAGAGCUGCAUCGCCUCAAGCAGCAGCCUCUUUUCAGCCUUGUGGAUUUUGAGCUGGUGGUGGACCGGAUACGCAGCACUGUUGCUGAGCAUCUAUGGAAGCUUAUGGUAGAGGAGUCAGAUUUACUGGGCCAAUUAAAGAUCAUUAAAGACUUUUACCUGCUGGGACGAGGAGAACUGUUCCAGGCCUUUAUUGAUACAGCCCAGCAUAUGUUAAAGACACCACCCACUGCAGUAACUGAACAUGAUGUUAAUGUGGCCUUCCAGCAGUCUGCCCACAAAGUACUGUUAGAUGAUGACAACCUCCUCCCUCUGCUCCAUCUGACAAUUGAGUACCAUGGGAAGGAACAUAAAGAUGUUACUCAAGCACGAGAAGCACCUUCUCGGGACGCCUCUCCCCGAGAAGCCCCUGCAUCAGGUUGGGCAGCGCUGGGUCUUUCCUACAAAGUGCAGUGGCCUCUCCAUAUUCUCUUCACUCCUGCUGUCCUGGAGAAGUACAAUGUUGUCUUCAAGUACUUGCUCAGCGUAAGACGAGUGCAGGCAGAGCUGCAGCACUGCUGGGCCCUCCAGAUGCAGCGCAAGCACCUCAAGUCUAACCAGAGCGAUGCCGUCAAAUGGCGCCUACGGAACCACAUGGCCUUCUUGGUGGAUAAUCUUCAAUAUUAUCUCCAGGUAGAUGUGCUGGAGUCUCAAUUCUCCCAGCUUCUCCAUCAGAUUAACUCCACUAGGGAUUUUGAAAGCAUCCAGUUGGCUCAUGACCACUUCCUGAGCAACUUGCUGGCUCAGUCAUUCAUCUUGCUGAAACCUGUAUUCCACUGCCUGAAUGAAAUUCUAGAUCUCUGUCACAGUUUCUGCUCACUUGUCAGUCAGAAUCUGGGACCUCUAGAUGAGCGUGGGGCUGCCCAACUGAGUAUCCUAGUGAAGGGUUUUAGCCGUCAGUCUUCACUCCUUUUUAAGAUCCUUUCCAGUGUCCGGAAUCAUCAGAUAAACUCAGAUUUGGCUCAACUACUGCUACGAUUGGAUUACAACAAGUAUUACACCCAAGCUGGUGGGACUCUGGGCAGUUUUGGGGUAUAAAAAUAGCCUGUGGCCGAGGUUCAGAAGCUGAGUUGGCAAGACUGCAAUUUCCAUCUAUCCAGUCUGGUGAUCCUGUCUGUUACUGAAGGUUCAUGGAAACAUUCUCUUCUGCUUUUAUAACUGAGAAAUUCUUUAUCUCCUCUUCAAUCACUGAAGUUUAAUCCACUCCCUUCUGUCAUGGAGCCAUUAACUUUGUACCAAGGACAUCAUUUAUCACCACUGAAAAAUGUUAGCUUCAUACACAUCCAAACACAAGCAAAUUUUCUUCUGGACCUCUAUAAGAGUUUAUUAAUUAAUCCUCCUUCUAGGAGUUUGGUGGUAAAGCAUGACUUAGUUAAUAGUCAAAUGACCAUUACUGAAUAUGUAGUUCUUCUAGAAAUACAUUUUGAACAAUCAUUGUAGUAUGACCAGAAAGUCAAAUCUGCUUAUGGCAUAUAUUUGGAAACGGGAUUAUUUUUGCACACAUCAGAUUUCUGGUUGCCUGCCAUUAGCAAGCAAAAAGGGCAAAAGGUAAAUUUUCUAUUGAAUUUAUAGCCAUUCUUCCUUAUUCAGAGCUUUUCUACAUAAUCCUUGAAGUAGCUAAACGAUCUUAAUCUAUGAAUCAAAAAUAAACAACUUCCAGCUAUCUCAGCUUAAACUUAAUGAGUAAGUAGCUGGGUCAAUAACAAAGGAUUAAGAUGUAUGGAAGUUUUUUUUGGUGGGGGGGGGGAAUAGAAUAAAGUCUCCAUGUGAAAAUUUCAGCCAUAAAAGGGCAUCAGUAGUUUAAAUCACAAAUUCCACACCCAACUAAUUAGUGCUACUAAAGUAGAAGCAUUCAGCAAUUUUAUUUGGGGAGGGGUGAGAGGUGGUAUCUCAUAGGUAUGGGAGACUCUCCAUCAAUUCAGAUCUGCAGCCAAUCCACAACUCAUAGUCUGAGAGGUCCCUGAGGCACCAAGAAAUUAAGUGACUUGCCCACAGUCCUGGAAACAGUUAUGUGGCAGAGACAGGGCUUGAACCUAGGUCGUCAGCAGUUUCAUAACACCAUCAAAAUAAAUAUUUAUUAAGUCCUU